ACCCAAAGUUAAAAUAUUUUCCCACUGUGGGCAACUAGAAAAAAACCUGAAUUCAGAAUAGACACUCAGCGCAAACUGCUGUCGUUUGUAGCAUUACAUAAAGCGCUCUAAUUGAAAAUAAUAUUUUGGGGAAAAAACAACCGCUUUGAUGGCGACGUUACCUUCAACGUUUCCCUGUGACGCUGUCGGUGAGGUCUCCGUCCGCUCACCAACAGAAGUUGUGUUUUCCUCCAACAUUUCCGCUGUUAAUGUUGAAUCAACUGCUUGUUCUCCAAUUUUACCAAAUAGCACCGCAAGUGAUAAUAAAGCACAAUAAAACGUUAGCAACUAACGUUAGCUAGCAUUGCACUUUAAGUUAUUCUGUGUAAUUGCACUUGAUUAACUAGCUAGUUAACGUCCGCUAGUCCGUUUUAGUUUGGAGGCGUUGCCAGGCAACAAGGAAAGUCACUCCUCUGGAGAGCCUGCUGGUUAAUGUAGUUAUCAACCUUUUUUUUUUUCAUUGCAGAUGCUUUUUUGUUGUUGUUUUAAUUUAGGAUAACAACAAAGACAACCAGAGCCAGUGUGGGACAUGCGGAAACAUUUUCGGGAAACAUGUCGCAAAUGGAAAGGGUUAACACUAAUAAUCCACUUCAGAGUUGUCGCUGUGACGUUACAGAAAGCGUCCUCCACGUUUGCGACAACCUACGCUUUACGACAGCAAAGGUUCAGUUUGAUUGGACGUCUUGUGUCGUAAACCGCGCCGGUCACAGAACGCAUGGGACUGAGCUGGUACAUCGUGUGUGUGUACGCCUGAAAUCAUGGAGGCUAAAUCAAAAAAGAACUCUUCUCCGAAAGAUGGAAAGAAGUUCUCGCAGAAAGGAAAAGAUUCCAUGGGGACCAAACUUGGCGGUAAGCCAGGUGGUAAGAAGCCCUACAAACCUUUCAACAACACAGAGAGAAAGGGCAGGCCGAUGGCUGGCUUUGGCGGCAAGAAAGAACACAAAUUCCCUUCCUCUAAAGCCGGCAUGGGGCCGCAGAAGAGGACAAUGCCAUUUAAAGCAAAAAAUGAAGAAGAGGGUGAAGGUCCGGUGGCCAAGAGGACGAAGAAAGGCGAGUUUGAUCCGAAGAAGAAGGAGCUGACAGAAGAGGAGCUCAAGAAGAACAGGCAGCAAAUAAAGAAGGAUCUGAAGAAUAGCAGACAGCAUGCGGAGAGGAAGGACAUGUUCCAGAUCAUUUGUCAGUGCAAAAAACUGUGGGGAGACCUCAGGAGGAAGAAGUGCGACAACGAGUUGAAGAUUAAACUGAUGACAGAGCUUCACGAUCUGGUCCGCGGGAAGAUCAAACAGAUGGCAUUCGCUCACGACUCUGUGCGAGUGCUGCAGUGUUUCAUCCAGUUCGGCAGCCAUGAGCAGAGACAGGAAUUGUUUGAGGAGCUCAAAGGCGACGUCGUCGAUUUGUGUAAGUCGCAGUACGGCAAACACGUGGUGAAGAAACUGCUGAUGUACGGGAACAAGGAGCUGGUGGCAGUUGUGAUGAAAACAUUCAGGGGUCACGUGCGCACGAUGCUUCGCCACGCCGCGGCCUCGUCCAUCAUCGAGUACGCUUACAACGACAAAGCCGUGCUCGCACAGAGACUUAUGCUCACCCAGGGGCUGUACGGGAACACCUUCACCAUCUGCAAGUCGUCUGUGUGCAAAACCAUCGAGAAAGUCGCAGAGGCGAACCCGGACAAGCUGAACAACAUCAUCGACGAGAUGAAGCAGAUCCUCACACCCAUGGCUCAGAAAGAACAAGUGAUCAAACACUCUCUGGUCCACAAAGUCUUUCUGGACUUCUUCCUAUUGGCACCCGACAAACCGAAAACGGAGAUGAUCGAGUCGAUCAGAGAGUCUGUCGUCUACAUGGCUCACACACACGACGGCGCACGAGUGGCAAUGCACUGUUUUUGGCACGGAACAGCUAAGGACAGAAAAGUUAUUAUCAAAACUAUGAAGACCUACAUUGUGAAGUUUGCCACGGGAGAGUUCGGUCACCUGGUUCUUCUGGCCAUGUUCGACUGCGUGGACGACACCAAGCUUGUCAAACAGGCCGUGCUCUCAGAGAUCUUGUUGUCUCUGGAUGAGGUCAUCUGUAAUAAAUAUGGUAAGAAGGUUUUGCUGUACCUGCUGAGUCCCAGAGACCCUGCUCACCUGCUGCCGGAGAUCAUCAAGGUGCUGCAGCAAGGAGACGGAAACACACACAGUAAAAAGGACAUGGCCGUUCGGAGGAAGGAGCUGCUGGAAGUCGUCUCCCCGCCGCUGCUGGAUCAUCUCCGCGACAACGCUGCCACCAUGGUGACGGACAAGGCGUCCAGCGUCACCAUUAGUGACAUCCUGGCGUCGGCCUGCGGGGACCUGCGGCCCGCCAUGACAGCCGUGGCUCAGCUGGCCAAUCACGAGUUGGUACCAGGAGGGACCAACGGAGAGCUUCACAUGGCGGAGCAUCCAGCAGGACACCUGGUGCUGAAAUGGCUCAUGGAGCAGGACACAACGCUGGCAGAGGCCGGCAAGGAAGAGCGGUUCGGCAGGAUACUGGUGGACACAGUGGGAACAGACAAUCUGAAGACCUGGGUCAAGGCCAACAGAGGAGCCAUGGUGCUCUGCAGCCUCCUGAAGAGCUACGACAAGUCUGUGGCCGCAGAGGUGAAGGCGGCGCUGGAGUCCAUCAAAGCGGAGCUCAGCAGCAUUGGCAACAAUAAAGGAGCUGAGAUCCUGCUGGAAAAUCUGAACAAGUAGAGACUUUUGAUUCCAAAACAGACUUGUGAUGUUAAAAGGCAUCACUUCCUGUGCAGCAGUGGGUCUUUUUUUUUUUACCAGAAAACGCAGACAAGACUGCGAGCGUUUUACAGGAAGUGGCUACAACCUGAACCUGAAGCACCGUUGUCAAGUCCGUCCCUGAUGUGGAGAAGCGGACAUGAAUUUGUGUGUAAAUGUUGAGAAUUGUACCUGAGUAAUGAAACGAGGUGACGCUACAAGAAAACAGGUUAAAAUACGCAGAUGCCUCUUGUGUUCACAUAAUGUAAUUCAAUCAAACUCAAUAUUUUUCCACAUUAAAAGCUUGGACAAAUAAAACCCAAACCAUUGCUAAAUACAAACUACAGUUUUUCUUGUAAUUUAAACUGCUGCACAUUGUCCAUUAGUCCCGACGGUUUGUGCCACCUUUUUAUUUGAACAUUUUAUAGCUUUCUGAAUGGUAAUUGUAUCAGACGAAAAGAACAUGUAUGCAAAUAAAAAAUUGUAUGUCUAAAAAACAAAA